CAGAAGUGAAAUGGCAGACAGUGACUCUGAUACGGAGUGGAAGAAAUGGCCCUGCAGCAAAUGGACAGAAUCGCAUGUAAGCACCUGGUUGAAAUCCAUUGGAAUAAAAGAAAAGUACAUUCAAAAACUAUGUGAAGAAGAAGUUACAGGACCUAUCUUAUUAGGCCUGAAAAGAAAAUACCUCUCUCAGACCAUUUCAAUGAGAAGUGCCCAAAUUGAGCAUCUACUGCUAAAAAGGGAUGAGCUAUUAAUGCCAGAACCAACUAAAGUACAGAAAGAAAACAGUCCUCAAGGAGGACAUAAUGCACAAAGAAAUGGUGAAGAAACAUCUGAAUUAAGUGCUGCGGGGGUGUCCACUCAGGAAGUUCAAAACAAAAAUGAAAAAAAGGCACUGCAAUCCCAUCACCCCAAUAAUGAAUCACACAUAGGAGCAUUGCCUUGUCAUGAGUAUAGAACAUUUUGUGAAGAUGACAAAAACUUCAGAUACGUAAAACACAAAGUACUUCCACCUGAGACUGGUAAUGACAACAUGAUAGUUCCAUGUCACGAGUACAAGUCUCUAGAGAAUGCCCACAAACUAGAAUCAAGAAAGCUGAAAAUUAAAGUUGCCCGUGAGGUACUUCGAUUUGGAUGUGGAUGCAUGAAUAUGCGAGCUAACGGCACAAUUCACUUCGGUAUCAUGGACAAAGUUACAGGCAUCCAUAAACAUGGUGAAAUCAUAGGGAUACCUGUUAGAGAUAAAGAAGACUUCAUAGAUGCAUUAGACUACAUUGAAAACUGCUUCAAAAAAACAAAACAAAAGGUUGAUGCAAGAAAAUGCAUAAGAAAUCCAAAGUUCAUUGAGGUGAUUGACACAGAUGACAGUGAGGAAAGAUUUGUCAUUGAAUAUGACAUUGUUCCACAAGCAAGUGUCGUGAAAAAUGAACUGUACAGUGUUUGUAUUCCGUAUCUAGACAUGAAGGACAUGAAGCUAAAACAUGAAGACAAAGCCUUCUAUCAGAGGAUUGGAGCUAAUACACUUUGUUUACCUGACGAUGACCUUGUAGAUUUUAUUCAUGGAUUGAAGGAGAAAGAUCAACAGAGAGAAGUGGAUGAAUUAUCAGUCGAUCAAACAAUCUUUGUCUGUAAUGAAGAUCUAAAAAGAAAUCUCUCUAUACUAUUGACAGGUGGAACUCAAUGCAUGGAUAAUUCACUGUUUUACAUAAUUGUAACAAACAAAUUUCAACCUGAACAUCUCAAGAGCAUUGACUUCUUGGUUCACAUGAAAAUAUUCUCAGUGUUUGACUUUGACCCAGACUCCAAGACAUCUGGUCUUUGUGCAAUGUAUAAGGAGAAACAUGCUGCAAACCUUCACUUUCUGCAUGACUACAUAAAAGAUUUGAGUACAGCUGACUUAAUGAAGCAAUUGCAACUCUGUGACAGGACAAGCUGGAUUUUCUGCAAUGGACGGAGUGAUUUUGACGGUGGUGAGGAGACCCUUGAUGACAAAACGUGGAUCAAAACUAAGAAAAAACAAUUGAAAAAGGCAGUGUCUGUUAUCUGCAAUGAAAUCCUGCCAAAAGGCUCAUUUGUCGUGAUUUUUUUACUCAUGUCUGAGGUGGAGCAGCCACUUGUUGAGACAUUUCAUGAAUUCUACUCAGAAAUGAGUGGUCAUGAUUAUUUGACAGUCAUAUCUGAAUCUAGGGAAAACUACCUAAAGUGGUCAAACUUAGCCCAGACAUCUUGUAGCAUAACUACACUCAAUGAAAUAAGCAUUGUUGACAUGUCUUGGAGUCAUGUAAACACCUCUGUUCAAAGUGUUCAGCUUUCAGUUAAUAGGCCAACAAGAUGCUUGCCUGUCAUCAAAGGAGGGUUGUGCGACCUUAAAUCUGUCGAUGAGGACAUGCUCCAUUCCUUGGAAAUUGUCAGUGUUGACCAAUGUGAUGACACAAAUUUAGAGAUGAUGGAUGAAGGAAAAAUUAAAGACAUUGAACAACACUUUUAUCAAGGUGGGAAGAUAGACUGGAUGAAUCUGUGGCUUGCCGACAAAAAACUCUGUGGGGAGUCCAUUCAGCGAGAUGCAUUUAGACAAACAAAUGACAUUCUUGAGGGUAUUGUACAGAGUAGCAACGUCAAACGAUCCAUAGAGAGUGUAAAGAUAUGUCACCAUCCUGGCAGUGGAGGGAGUACAGUAGCUCGACAGAUCCUCUGGAGUUGGAGAAAAAAAAUUCGUUCUGCAGUUGUCAAACAAUCAAAUGAAAUAACAACUGUUUGUGAGCAUGCUUUGAGCCUCAGAGAAUACGAAGAAAAAGACAAAAACCGUGCUCUCCCAGUGCUCUUGCUGUUGGAGGAUUGCAAUGAUGAUUACCUGGAUGAUGUAAGGCGGGAGUUAGGCAAUGCCAUAGCAACCAAGAAGAUAAGUUCCUCUCUGCUAUGUUUUGUCCUGCUAACUUGCAAAAGAUGUCAUGAUCCAGAAAGGAUGUGCAGAGCAUUACCAUCCCAGACUGUUGCUGUUACACACAGGCUUACACAGGAUGAGAAGACUCUUUUCUCAAAAAAACUAGAGCUAUUAAAGCUACAGUUUAAACCAGACUUUAUUCUCACCUUUGUGUUGAUGAGUGAUGGGUUUCAAAGAAGUUACAUUGAGGACUUUGUGAAGAAUCUACUACACAAAAUUGAUCAUUCAUCUCUCAUUACUCGACUUAUCAGAUUUGUUGCACUGUUAAACUGCUACAUUCACGACUCGUACAUGUCUGUGUCACACUGUGAGGCUUCACUUGGCAUAGGUAUGCUUGUAGAACAAACCAGGUUCUACAGAUUUGUUGAUUCUCUCAGUGAAGAAGCCCGCCUUAUUUUUAUUCACUUCAGAGAGAGCACACAGAUCUCAUCAAUUCGCAUAAUCCAUCCACUCGUGGCCAAAGAAAUUCUGAGGCAGCUCUCUACCAAUCGACCCCAGAGUGAAAUAGCAAUGGACUUACUUCAGGACAAAGUGCUAAUUGAGCACAAGUUCGCCAAAGACCCGUUUUUAAAGUUCAUUCGAACUCUCUUCAUCAGACGCAACAAAAUAAGCAAAGGUGAUAAUGUGAACAGUACAUUCUCUCCACUGAUUGAAAAAGUCAUCACUGAAAGAGAAGGAGUUCAAAAAGCUGUUGAUCUUUUAAAAGCCGCCUAUGCUGCUUUGGGCAAAGAUGCAUUUGUAGCCCAACAGCUAGCUCGUUUGCUCUACAGUUACACAAGAUUUGAAGAAGCCCUGCAUUGGGCUGAGGAAGCAAAAUCCCAACUUCCAUAUGAUACAUUUGUCCUUGACACACUGGGACAGGUGUACAAAAAGUGGUUUUACCACUUGCAUGACACUCUUGAAGAGCAAGAAUUGGAACCUCAAAAGGUCUCUGAAGUCAUAAAUAUUGCUCUGAAAGGAAUAACUGCUUUCCGUGCCUCUGAGAAGGCACCCAAAAAAGAGACAGUCAGUCUAAACAACUCAUACUAUGGGGAAGUAGAUGUUGGAUGUAGGCUGCUAAAACUGCUUUCAAUGGUUAAUGUUUUUGCAACAAAGGAUGGAAAUUCUGAACUUAUGAAUUACUUACUAACAGACUACAUACCAGAGACUGUUCAAAAACCCUGGCAGAAGUUCCAUGGCUUGUUAAAAGGGUUGCAGAAGAGUAUGUAUCAUGCACUUGAGUGCAUUUCUGAAGAUCUCAGUUACUUUCAAAAAGACAUUAGUGAGGAGGAUGAGGAACUUGAUACAAGAGAACCUGAACAAGUACACAAUCCUAGAAAAUGGCUUACAAGGAAGUGUGCCGUUUAUGCCAACCUUUUCUGCCAUGUUUCAGAUGUAGGCACCCAUUCUGAAAGAGUCACGUCUUUCCAAAGACAAAUGAGAGCUUAUAAGCUUGGUGGAGGCAAUAUAACAUCAAUCUUCUCUUUGCUCAAUGAUCUUAUGACAGAGAGAACUGGUAAAAAGCUUGAGGAAAUAAUUAGCAUGUACCCAGAAAACCCAAACAGAAAUGACCUUGAUGAGACAGAGCUUGUUAACUUCCUUUUAUGCCAGGUAGCUCUUGCCUGCACUUGGCCUGGUUCAUCAAAGCUACUCACUCUUGAGAAACUUCAAAAGCUUUGUUUGAGAUUCAGUUUAGAGGGGAAAUAUACAUCAUCAGCAAGUGCUCUUUUUCUUGUCUCCAUUCUAUUCUGGCCUGCAACAAACAAUGAGGAACGCAAUUCAGCUAAUAGUCAGGUCCUUAUGUCAGCAAUUGAUGCACUUCAGAAACUAUUUGAGCAUAAAAUUACGAAUGUUCCUCUUAGAAAUAGAAGAAUAGUGACCCACUUCUUUUUGGGGAAAGCUAUGGGACUUUACAAGAUUGUACACAGAAGUGCACUUGAAAAGCAAAUAAAAGGAACCAUCAGUGAAAGAAGGCUAAAAUGGCUUGGAGGGGAGGUAUGGACAAAUCCUGAAGUUGUGCAACUGCUAAAGCGAGUGGAAGGAUGGACAGAGGGUGGCCACCUGUUUGUUCGAGCCAAUACCAAGGGGAGCAAGAUCAGGGUGUUUCCUCGAAAUUCAGCUUCCCUACCAAAUUCUAAUGAAAACGUAACUUUCUAUCUUGGCUUUUCUUUUGAUGGAGCAGUUGCUUUUGACAUCCAAGUGAAGUAAGGUUCACAAUAACAACGUGCCAGUGAUACAUUCAUCAACUGCUCAUUAUAGAGUACUUACACUAUUAAGCCAAUAUAUAAUAUAGUUUUAGUAAUCAGUGAGAUCGGCAAUAAUAGGAAAAUAUUUGAGCAAAUUUAGCUCAUAAUCGAUGGUAGGAAACAUAUAAUCUAAAUGAGGAUUUGGACACUAUAGUAUAAAAUGAGGAGUCAAUUUGGGUGAACUCCUGUAUCAUACAGUGAACAUACAGUUGUCAACAAAGGAUGAUGGUAUUUGUAAUUUACUGAUCAUAAAAGUAAGGAAGGUCACAAAGCUGCGUUUGACUUGCAUUACCAUUCUACUCAUAGACAUUGUGAGUUUGUAAAGAGUUUUGACUGAUGGAAAAAGUAGGCAGAGACCAGCACUGAAAACCUGCACUCUCCGAUGUGAGCAGAUGAAAGGAGAGGAUGUGGCAUGUGGUGGCACGCACAUAACAGUGCGUUUUCAGAGUUGAAAAAAAACUAGUAUUCAGACAUUCAAGACUAGAAGAAUAGCAAAAUGGAACUCAAUCAUAAUAUGCAGUCAUGAGUCACGUGUUGAGUUUAUUAUGUAUGUACAUUAUUAGUAUUUUGAGAGGCCAGUAACAUAACAGGAUGAUGUUAUUGACACGUCUGUCUCUUCAUACUGUUUUAAAAUAUUUGUAUAGUCUUCAUCAUAAAUAAAUGUCAAGUGUGUUUUUGUGUGAAAAAGAUUAAGGAACAAUACUCAUCUUAAGCAAAGGAUUAGUAAAUAGGCAAGCUGAAAAUAAGACAAUUGUGUCAGAUACUUUGUUAACAAAACAAGAAAGUUCAUACUUUUGUUAAUGUGUGCAGAACCAUUACAGUACAUUUAAUUUCUUAAGUUAGAGUAAUCAUUGUAAAACUGUACUGUCAUUGUGUUAAUGUUUUCCAAACAUUAACAGCCAUUUUCCAAAGACAGCUUAAAACCUCUCUAUUUUAUUUAUAUUAGGAAACCACAAAGACUGCGGCUUGUGUUUUUGUUGAGUAACAUUUUAUUUAUAUUAGGAAACCACAAAGACUGUGGCUCGAGAUACCGCAAAGACUGCGGCUUGUGUGUUCUGGCUUCCCGCAAAGACUGCGGCUUGUGUUUUGUUGAGUUACAAUUUUAUUUACAUUGGGAAACCACAAAGACUGUGGCUCGAGAUACCGCAAAGACUGUGGCUCGACAUACCGCAAAGACUGUGGCUUGUGUGUUUUGGAUUCCCGCAAAGACUGCGGCUUGUGUUUUGUUGAGUUACAAUUUUAUUUACAUUGGGAAACCACAAAGACUGUGGCUCGAGAUACCGCAAAGACUGCGGCUUGUGUGUUCUGGAUUACCGCAAAGACUGCGGCCUGUGUUCAGAAGGGUUUUAUUACUUUUAUUACUUGUAAUGUUUUUAUUGAUUUUAUGUAAAGCACCUUGAGCUGCAAUUCUUGUAUGAAAUGUGCUAUAUAAAUAAAGUCUUAUUAUUAUUAUUAAUGUUGACAAAACCAACCUGUUAAAUUUUGAAAGACUGGUCAGGCAAAUGUUGUGAAUACUGUCUGUGGAUGAAAUACAACAAUAUUUACAUUGUUAUUUUAAUCAUUUAUGAUUUACCUACCUUUAUAUGUACAAUAUAAUUCAAAUGUGUGUAUUAUUAUUGUGCACUCACAUUAACAUGCCUUACCCUAAAAUAAAAUACAAUUUUAGUGAACUUUAUUUAGUUUUCUGGCAAUCACACCUUAUACUUGUUUAUUAUUGUUAUUUUCAAAGAGAACAAUUAAUUGUCUAAUGAUUUUAAUGGUUCUUUAACACAUUCAUUUACAUGAACCCCAAAUAGUGAAAGGAACUAGGUACAUCUUAUACAAACACAUUAAGCUAUGUCAUGGCAAUUACCUUAGUGUUCCUUAAAUAUCAGUUAUAUGUUCAGCAACGCAUUUUCAGUCAGAAGUAAAUUUUGACUAUAAACAUGAAGUUGACUUGACAGCUGUAGGCAACGUGUAACAUAUAUUUCUCUAUUAUUAACCCAAAUCACAUUAGUGAAACUUUUUAGUUAUGAUGGGAAUAAUAAUAAUUAAGUAUAAUACACAAAGUAAUUACCAGAGCAAAAUGUUUUCACAGCAGAAUAUCUAGCUCUGAUGCAAUUAUAAAACGUUUCCAUGUCAUUGUGGUGGCCCAAAACUUGAUUAACAGGGUGAUGUAGAGGUUAGGAAGAACAUUUUCGAACAUUCUCGAAGGAGUAAGGGGGGCCAGGGUGACUAAGCAUUAUCUGGGACUGUUAUGUAUUCUUAUGUCUCAAAAGGAGUUGAUAUGAGUCUGGGAGUGAACAACAUCUUACCAAGAACAAAGGGAAGGGAAGGAGCCAUGGGGUAACAGCUGGGAAAGCUCAGAUUUGAAGGCCCUAUGUUUGGGUUACUGCUGUUCUGAGAAACUAUGUCCAUCAGGGGAGUGAAAACGAAGAUCAGGAGUGCAAGUCAGGUUGACCUAGCCAGAUAUUGAGUGAGCACACAUGUCGGGAAGGGUGAUUCACCUUGGACAGUAUGGGUGAUAAACUUUGAAAAACAUUGGGAAAUAGUAUUAUGCAGGGCGGGGGAUUUUCCUCAUUUAGACUAUAUAAAGUGUUAUCUUUUGAAUCAUUAGCUUUUUUUGUCUUCCUGUACCACUGCUGCAUUGCUGAAUAAACCUCUCAAGCCAUCUUGACUUUGAAAGAUA